AUGGAGAAAAAAGGUCCUCAGGUCCUCACAGGAACUGAGCUGAAUGCUGCCGUGUACAGAUACCUCCAGGAAUCAGGAUUUGUGCAUACAGCAUUCAAUUUCUUCUAUGAGGCAGGCAUUGGAAAAGGCAACAUCCAGGGAAUGAUCCCACAAGGUGCCUUGAUCAGAAUCGUGCAGAAAGGUCUUCAGUACAUUGAACUUGAAGCAAAUUCUGAGAUUGGCAGUGAUGACGAGCACCACUUUUUUGAAUCUCUGGACCUAAUUACCAAUGAUUUAGAUGAGCUGAUGAAGAAAAUUACCAGCAGUGGGAAGCACAGUUCUGUCAAGAACGACAAAGAGCAGAAGAUCGAUUCAGUUGAGACUGACAAAGAGCAGAAGAUUGGUUCUGCUGAGACUACCACAACUUUUAGGAAGCAGCCAAUGCGGAAAACAAAGGCUGCACAGAACAGCAAACCUGAUGAGAUUGCUACAAUGCGUAGAGCUGAGCCAGUGAAGCAUGCGAAGGCACAAAACAUCAAUUCUGCUGAGACUGUGCAAAAGACCAGUUCUGUUGAGACUACCACAGGACUGGGGUGCCAUCUUUCGUGGAUAGGGAGGAAACCUAGACUCAGAAAACGAAAGUAUUGA